AUGGUUCGCUCAUUCGGCUCGGCCCUCGUGCUCGCCCUGUUCACUCAUCUCUUGCUCGCCGAUGGGGUUGGCGAUUCGGCGUUCCAGGCCCGAGUGAGACGCCAGGAAGAACCCACAGCUUCGCCUGACCCUCCGUCCGCUCCCCCAAGCGAGCCCCCGACCGCUCCCCCGACCGAGCCGCCGGCCCCGACCACGUGUGAAUAUCCGUUCGUAUGCUACACCCAGGAAUGGAUGAUAACGCAGGGCAUGAAAGUUCCGGUCCCGGAUCCCGAGCUCUGCAAAAAGUCCACUGAAGGAUGCCAAGCACCUGCCUGCGAACUUGGGCAUGUCUUUGCCGACAAGUCUGGGGCCAAGAACUGGAUAGCCGAAUGCGAUCCGACCGCGCUGUUUUGCGUAUGCUGGGUGUAUCAAACCGACCCCGUGCAAUCGCUGAUCGACUUGGAACUGGUCGUGCAGAAGGAAGGCGAUGAAAAAGACAAAAAUUGGGAAUAUAUCCUAUUCCCGUUCAACUUUUGCACGAGACAAAUGAUUAUUGCUGGCAGUUGCCCAGCUGACAGGUUCGAAAAGUUCAACCCGGCCCAGCUGACCCUAUCUCCGAAAUACGUGCCCAUGUGCGACGCCGGAUAUGUGAUGCCAAAAAGCCUCCGCACCGGCGCCAAGUCUGCCUGGUCGUGCCUUUUCAACAUCCAUCAGGCGGCCGGGAUGCUGCCCGAGGCAUUGGAGGUGGCCGGCGAAGGAGAAGAUUGGGAUGUUCUACGCCCGGGGGGCCUUUGCCCCGACCAUCAUCAACACCAGCACCACGGAAGAAAGCCAUGCCCCCUGGCCCCGAUCUGCUCUGAUGUCGAAAGCGGACGGUAUCUCCCUGCUAUCCUCGCCGAACUGGGCAUGAAAUUUGAGAAGCCGACGUAUUGCAACGAGCUAUGCUACUACAAAGGGCGAGGCCGAAGUGAAGGGGGGAUCAAGGAUGACCGUGAAGACUGUAUCUGGCCGGGCGUCAUCAUCGACAAGGCACCUGUGUACAUCGGCUCGUUCCCCUACAGCUUUUCUGGCCCGUUCGCCGACUGGCUGGACGAUAAGGACUUUUCGGCGAUGACUUUGGCCGAGGCAGCCGACCGCCCGGCGCCCACCGACACGAGUAACCUCAAGUACCCGCGCUGCUACAAUAUUACCAAGCGGCCGGAUAUCAUGGAACAGCGCAAGAAAUACAUCGAAAGUGACCCCUGGCUGAACUGCCGCACCCACCCGUUCGGCACGCACAAGGCCGCCGAGCUGCCAAUCCCCCCAUGCACCGGCUCACCCAGCGAGCUUGAGGAGCAAAAGGUGUGCGCUGGAGUGUUCCCCGACGCGGCUCUGGAGGAAGAGCAACCCUCGCUUGGUGUCAUUUUUGGAAUCUUUGGCGGAGUGACCGUGCUUCUGUUCGUCAUCGGAUUGUUCGUCGUCAUCAGCUGCAACAAGUCGUCCGGCGGUGACAUUAGUGGCGAGAAAGGCAAGGGCAAGAAGAAGAAGUCGGGCGGCGGAGGCGGCGAAUCGAAGGAGGCCAGGUCGACGGCCCAGAACGACGAGGAGAAGAAGGAGGGCGAGGAGGAGAAGCCCGCCGAAUCUGUGCAAGCCAAGACUGAUUUGGACUCGGUCCAAGCG